AUGCAAGUGUGGCAAUCAGUAUCUAAACUGGACGGCAACAUGGAUGCAACAACACCAACAUCGGCUUCUAUCAUCCACAAUCGAAGAAGUUCACUCGCCAUCUCAGCCUUAUUGAACGAUGUCUCUAUUGAACCAAUGCAGCACCCGUUAGCACCCAAUACAGCCACGCAAUUACCAUGGCACCAUGGUGUUAAAUGCAGGCUGCCAAACAGUCUCCCCAUGCCACCCCCCUCCCCCAUGGACUACUCUCCCAUUUCAAGUGGAUCAUCAUCGCCCAGCGGCUCAUUGGAUAGCUUCAGUAGACAGCCAUCUAUCACAGAGCCUCCAGAUCUCUGGAGUCAUUCCAGGACUGGUAUGCACCAAACAAACAAUGGCAUCAUUGUCUCCUCAUUAGCGAAAGCUAAAAGAAAGCGCAUUUUGCCUCAUCAAUACAAGAGACUGAUGGAAAUAUUUGAGAAAACCGAUACCCCAAGCUCAGAAAUCAGAAGUCAAUUAGCUAAUGAACUAGACAUGACGAAACGAGAAGUUCAGGUUUGGUUUCAAAACAGACGUGCUAAAAUAAGCAGAAGCAGAGUAAAUUCAUUAUCUACAACAUCGCAGCAAGAGCAUCACCAGCAUCAACAAACAGUUCGACAUCACAGCUUGACCCUGUCGUCUACAAACGCAUCUACUCAUAGUGCGUCACCGCGCAGACGUGCCUCUGAAUACUCACAUCCAUACUCAAAACACAUUGCACCGAAAAAAUCAAUGUCGACUGAACCUAAUUAUAAUCAUAUUAACUCUAACACUAAUCCUAAUCAUAAUGAUAACAGCACUAAUCCACCAGAACAGCAUGCUUCGACCUUGGUUCUCGAAGCACCAUACCAUCCCCCUCAGUCGCCCACCAUCACAUCAGCCAUUGAUAUAUUAGCUUCAGCUGCUGAAAUGAUGCGGUCGUAA